UUCCAUUAUAAGAAGUCCCUCCCCCCCAAUACCGCCUUCGCAGUCCAAGCAAGGGAAAAUAAUUUGCAGCAGCAACAACUUCAAGAGGUGUGUGUUAGUGCUUGUGCUUCUGAUAAAAAAACUCUCUCUCUCUCUCUCUCUCUCUCUCUCUCUCUCUCUCUCUCUCUCUCGGCAAUACCAGCAAAGUUCAGAAGUGGGUCUCUACGCGCUCGCACAAAACAAAACAUGAAGACGAUGAUGAACAGUACUACUUCAUCACCAUCAGCAGCAGUGGGAGACUCCAAGAGAUCGAAAGCAUCUUGCCAGAGACUCGGAGGGUACUUGAAAGAACAAAAGAGCAGGGUCUACAUCAUCCGACGAUGCGUCGUCAUGCUCCUCUGUUGGCACGACUAAACUCAAACCCCUCUCUCUCUCUCUCUCUCUCUCUCUCUCUCUCUCUCUCUCUCUCUCUCUCUCAUUCGAGGUUUCUAUGUCGAAGCCAAAUUAGCCCAUCUUAGCUAAGCUCCGAUCUCGUUCUUGCAACUGUAAAUAGCGAGACGAGGAAUGUUAGACUGCUGUUGCUUUUUAUUAGGUUUUGUUAUCUGAUGGGAAAUUCUUUGUACGAAGAGCUUAACAUUUGUAGGUUUCACAGUAACUCAGAAGAGGAACAGCCCUUUAAUCAUA